GGCGGGUGGGCGGCGCGGCCGGGUAGGGUGUGAGAAGUUAGUGGCGCUGCUGCGGUGCCGUGAGGGACGGCGACGGCUGGGCUCUGCGAGCGGUGGCGGUCCCGGAUCAGCGCGAUGCUCACGGACGGCACCGCCGCCCCCCUCGGCGACGAGGAGAUCGACUCGGUCGCUCCCCGCGCGCCGCCCGCCGCCGAGCCGCCCGCCGCGGCCGGGCCCUCCCCGCUGGGGCUGCGGGCCGUGCGCCUCUUCGGGGAGGCCGGGCCCGGCGGUCCCGGAGGCUCCGGCGCACCCGCGGCCGGUGAGGCCGCCCUCGACUUCAAGCUGGCGGCCGCCGUGCUGCGGAGCGGGGGCGGCGGCGGCGGCUCCGGCAGCGACGAGGACGAGGUGUCCGAGGUUGAAUCAUUUAUUUUGGACCAAGAAGAUCUUGAUAACCCUGUACUUAAAACCACAUCAGAGUUGUUCUUAUCGAGCGCUGCAGAAGGUGCGGACUUGAGAGCUGUGGAUCCAGAAACACAAGCAAGACUAGAAGCCUUACUGGAGGCAGCAGGAAUUGGUAAAUUGUCCACUGCCGAUGGUAAAGCCUUCGCAGAUCCUGAAGUUCUCCGAAGACUGACGUCCUCUGUCAGCUGUGCACUGGAUGAAGCUGCUGCUGCAUUGACGCGGAUGAGGGCAGAGAACAAUCACAAUGCAGGGCAGGUGGACAAUCGCAGUUUGGCAGAAGCAUGCUCGGAUGGGGAUGUAAAUGCUGUCCGGAAGCUGCUGGAUGAAGGAAGAAAUGUAAACGAACAUACUGAAGAAGGGGAAAGUCUCCUUUGCUUGGCCUGUUCAGCUGGAUAUUAUGAAUUGGCACAAGUGCUACUAGCAAUGCAUGCAAAUGUUGAAGAUCGAGGAAAUAAAGGAGACAUAACUCCCUUAAUGGCAGCUGCCAGUGGAGGCUAUGUAGAUAUUGUUAAACUUCUCCUUGUUCAUUGUGCAGAUGUCAAUGCUCAGUCUUCAACAGGGAACACAGCGCUCACUUAUGCUUGUGCUGGGGGCUUUGUUGACAUAGUGAAGGUGCUAUUGAAAGCAGGUGCUAAUAUAGAAGACCAUAAUGAGAAUGGGCAUACCCCCUUAAUGGAAGCAGCCAGUGCAGGUCAUGUUGAGGUUGCAAGAGUAUUGCUGGAAUAUGGUGCAGGAAUCAAUACUCAUUCCAACGAGUUCAAAGAAAGUGCACUUACACUUGCAUGCUACAAAGGCCAUUUAGAUAUGGUUCGUUUUUUGCUUGAAGCCGGAGCUGAUCAAGAACAUAAAACAGAUGAGAUGCACACAGCGUUAAUGGAGGCCUGCAUGGAUGGACAUGUGGAAGUAGCACGCUUACUUUUAGACAGUGGUGCUCAAGUGAAUAUGCCUGCGGAUUCAUUUGAAUCUCCCCUCACCCUGGCUGCUUGUGGUGGACAUGUGGAGUUAGCAGCUCUUCUUAUAGAAAGGGGAGCUAACCUGGAGGAAGUGAAUGAUGAAGGCUAUACUCCUUUAAUGGAAGCUGCACGUGAAGGCCAUGAGGAGAUGGUGGCGUUGUUACUGGCACAAGGGGCAAAUAUAAAUGCACAGACUGAAGAAACGCAGGAGACAGCUCUUACUCUGGCGUGUUGUGGUGGUUUUUCUGAAGUAGCUGACUUCCUCAUUAAGGCAGGAGCUGAUAUAGAACUUGGUUGCUCAACGCCUUUGAUGGAAGCUGCUCAAGAAGGUCAUCUUGAACUGGUGAAAUACUUGUUGGCAGCAGGAGCUAAUGUUCAUGCCACCACAGCAACAGGAGAUACAGCGUUGACCUACGCAUGUGAAAAUGGACAUACUGAUGUUGCGGAUGUGUUGCUUCAAGCUGGUGCUGAUUUGGAACAUGAAUCUGAAGGGGGGAGAACCCCACUAAUGAAGGCUGCACGAGCUGGUCAUUUAUGCACUGUGCAAUUCCUUAUUAGCAAAGGUGCCAAUGUCAAUAGGGCUACAGCUAAUAAUGACCACACAGUGGUGUCUCUGGCAUGUGCAGGAGGCCACUUGGCAGUAGUUGAGCUCCUUCUGGCUCAUGGUGCAGAUCCUACUCAUCGACUCAAGGAUGGUUCAACAAUGCUCAUUGAAGCUGCCAAAGGAGGACAUACAAAUGUUGUUUCUUACUUGCUGGAUUACCCAAACAACGUUUUGCCAGUUCCUUCAGCAGACUUGUCUCAGAUCACACCUCCAUCUCAGGAUCAGACUCAGGUUCCACGUGUUCCGGUGCAUACACUUGCUAUGGUUGUACCUCCCCAGGAACCUGACAGAACCCCUCAAGAGAACUCUCCACCUCUUGUGGGAGUGGUGAAAGGUGCAUCCAAGCAGAAGUCAAGUUCCCUGCAGGUAGCAGAUAAGGACCUACUGCCACCUUUUCACCCAUACCAGCCUUUGGAAUGCAUAGUAGAAGAGACUGAAGGCAAGCUGAAUGAACUUGGACAGAGAAUUAGUGCUAUUGAAAAAGCACAACUUAAGUCAUUGGAAUUAAUUCAAGGUGAACCUUUAAAUAAAGAUAAGAUUGAAGAACUUAAAAAGAACAGAGAAGAACAAGUACAGAAGAAGAAGAAAAUAUUGAAGGAGCUACAGAAGGUGGAAAGGCAGUUGCAGAUGAAAACACAACAGCAGUUUACCAAAGAAUAUUUGGAGACCAAAGGUCAGACAGACACACCACUUCCCCUACAGCAGCAGUGCCCACUUACCGGGGUCUUCCCAGAAGUGGAAGCUGAUAAGGGUCUGCCAGAGGAUAACUUUUCAGAGUUACCUCAGGUUGACACAAUCUUGUCAAAAGAUGAUGAGCAACAACAUUCUCCACCACCUGCUGAAAAAAUAGAAUUUGUCCCUAUCCAGCCUUUGCCAGCAUCGCAGUGUAAUUUUUCUGGUAAUUUAGGUUAUAAUGGGACAGAGUCUCUUGAACUUCAGAAAGCAAUAGGUAAUCAGCAGAAUGUAGGACAGCAGCAGCAAAUUGCUGGGCAGGGACUGUUAGUUCAAGAACCAGACGGAUUAAUGGUUGCCACUCCAGCACAGACGCUUACCGACACUCUUGAUGACCUAAUAGCAGCUGUGAAUAGCAGAGUGCCCAGUGGCUCCACUGGCUCCUUGCACACUACAGAAUCCCCUACGCCUGAGCCCUGCUCACAGGCAUCAAGCAAUGUAGUGUCACAGUCAGUGCUCCCUGUGUAUCCUUCAGUUGACAUCGAUGCACAUACUGAAAGCAAUCAUGACACUGCUCUGACCCUUGCAUGUGCAGGAGGUCACGAAGAACUUGUUUCUGUACUAAUUGCACGUGGUGCCAAUAUUGAACACAGAGAUAAGAAGGGUUUUACGCCUUUGAUUCUUGCUGCAACUGCUGGACACGUUGGUGUAGUGGAAAUUCUUUUAGACAAAGGUGGGGAUAUAGAAGCACAAUCUGAGCGCACAAAAGAUACUCCGCUUUCAUUGGCAUGCUCUGGUGGACGCCAAGAGGUUGUUGAUUUGCUGUUGGCCCGGGGAGCAAACAAAGAGCAUAGGAAUGUGUCUGACUAUACACCAUUAAGCCUCGCUGCAUCUGGUGGAUAUGUCAAUAUCAUCAAGAUUCUUCUCAAUGCUGGAGCAGAAAUUAAUUCAAGGACUGGGAGUAAGCUAGGUAUUUCUCCUCUGAUGUUGGCUGCUAUGAAUGGCCACGUACCUGCCGUGAAGCUGUUGCUCGAUAUGGGUUCUGAUAUUAACGCCCAGAUUGAGACCAAUCGGAACACAGCCCUCACCUUGGCCUGCUUCCAAGGCCGAGCAGAGGUGGUCAGUCUGCUGUUGGACAGGAAGGCCAAUGUUGAGCACAGGGCAAAAACUGGUCUCACGCCGCUGAUGGAAGCUGCUUCAGGAGGAUAUGCAGAGGUUGGAAGGGUUCUCCUUGAUAAAGGAGCAGAUGUUAAUGCUCCACCUGUGCCUUCCUCAAGAGAUACCGCUUUAACAAUUGCAGCAGAUAAGGGUCACUACAAGUUCUGUGAGCUGCUGAUUAAUCGAGGAGCGCAUAUUGAUGUUCGUAACAAGAAAGGAAAUACACCUCUUUGGUUGGCAGCUAAUGGUGGUCACUAUGAUGUAGUUCAGUUGCUUGUGCAGGCAGGAGCAGAUGUGGAUGCAGCAGAUAAUCGGAAAAUAACACCUCUUAUGUCAGCGUUUCGCAAGGGCCAUGUGAAGGUAGUUCAGUUCCUAGUGAAAGAAGUUAACCAGUUUCCAUCGGACAUUGAAUGCAUGCGAUAUAUAGCGACUAUAACUGACAAGGACCUGUUGAAAAAAUGUCACCAGUGUGUGGAAACAAUUGUGAAAGCUAAAGACCAGCAGGCUGCAGAGGCAAAUAAGAAUGCAACUAUAUUGCUGAAGGAGCUAGACCUGGAAAAAUCAAGAGAGGAAAGCAGAAAACAAGCCCUUGCAGCUAAGAGAGAGAAAAGAAAGGAAAAGAGAAAGAAGAAGAAAGAGGAACAAAAAAGGAAACAAGAAGAAGAUGAAGAAAAUAAACCUAAAGAAACUCUAGAACUACACGAAGAUGAUGAUGAUGAAGAAAAUGAUGAUGAAGCGGAGCAAGAAGUUCCUAUAGAGCCUCCUAGCGCAACUACUACAACUACAAUUGGGAUUUCUGCAACUUCAGCUACUUUCACCAAUGCCUUUGGGAAGAAGAGAGCUAAUGUGGUGACUACUCCCAGCACAAAUAGAAAAAAUAAGAAAAAUAAAACAAAAGAGACUCCUCAGAAUAUGCAGAUAAUUUUGCCAGAUCAGCAUAUAUCUCUAGCACAGCAAAAAGCAGAUAAGAAUAAAAUAAAUGGAGAGCCAAGAGGUGGUGGUGCAAGUGGAAAUAGUGAUUCAGAUAAUUUGGAUAGCACAGACUGUAAUAGUGAAAGUAGCAGUGGAGGUAAAAGUCAGGAGCUGAACUUCACGAUGGAUACAAAUUCCUCUGAGCGGCGCUAUGCCUCAUUGCUUAUCCCUUCUCAAGAAGAAAAAACAAGCACUUCAGCUUCAAAAACAUCAACAAGGAGGGAAGAGGCUGAUGACUCUGAGCAUUUCACCUGCCAGGUUGAUGGCCAGUUUGAUUUAACUUUGUCAAGCCAGAGACUUGAUGGUGAAGGUAAUGCAAAUUCUUUGUCAACUGCUUACAAGCCUGUUUCCCUGCCUCUGACCUCUCCAAAUGUAAAGCUGAAUCUGACCAGUCCAAAAAGAGGCCAGAAAAGAGAAGAAGGCUGGAAAGAAGUGGUUAGAAGGCAAGUAGGCAGAGUUUUGAAAGACCCUCCCCCUAGCAACACUCUGCAGCCAACACCAAUUGAGCAAUUUCAGCUGCAGAGAGGAGGGCGCUGCUGUUCAGGAGCAAAAAGGUCAAAGAAAUUAUCUGUCCCAGCUUCUGUCGUGUCUAGAAUAAUGGGAAGAGGUGGGUGCAACAUCACAGCAAUUCAAGAUGUCACUGGUGCCCAUAUUGACGUUGAUAAACAAAAAGAUAAGAAUGGAGAAAGAAUGAUCACUAUAAGGGGUGGUAUGGAGUCAACGCGAUACGCAGUGCAACUCAUCAAUGCCCUUAUUCAAGAUCCUGCCAAGGAACUGGAAGACUUGAUUCCUAAAACUCAUAUAAGAACACCUGCUUCGAGUAACAAAUCAAUCCAUGCAAACUUCUCAUCUGGAGUUAGUACAGCAUCUGCUUCAAACAAAAACUCCUUUCCUCUUGGAGCACCACCUCUUGUCACAUCGCAGUCAUCAACUCUAUCUACUUUCCAGCCUACUAACAAACUAAACAAGAAUGUCCCAGCAAAUGUGCGCUCAUCUUUUCCAGUGUCUCUUCCUCUAGCUUAUUCUCAUCCUCAUUUUGCCUUGCUGGCUGCCCAAACUAUGCAACAGAUCCGGCACCCUCGCUUACCUAUGGCCCAAUUUGGAGGAACCUUUUCACCUUCACCAAACACUUGGGGACCAUUCCCAGUGAGACCAGUUAACCCUGGCAGCACAAAUAGCUCUCCAAAGCAUAAUAGUUCAAGUCGUGUAGGUAGUCAGAAUGGAAAUAUUUUACAGACAGAGUCUCCCGGAUUAGCUACUUCUAGUUGUCCCAUUACUGUCUCUUCAGUAGUUGCUUCCACCCAGCCGCUAUGUGCAACAAGUAAUCGGACUCCCUCUUCAGUCAGAAAGCAGUUGUUUGCCUGUGUUCCGAAGACAAGUGCUGCAGCAACAGCAAUCUCAACUGUGACAAACACGUGUAGCACUCUGCCUUCAGUUUCCUCUGUGCCCCCAAACAAUGGGCAAGUUUCUGCAGCAUUUCUGCCCUCUACUGCUCCACAAACGCAGCAUUCUGCACUUAAAGCAGACUCUUUCUCAGCUGUCUCAGCACCCAAAGAGAAAGUGUCAACACCAGACCAGCCUGUUGGAAAUACAUGCACACCACCUUCUGUUGCAGGUAGUUCCAGUAUGUCAGCUAGCAGCAAUUCAGGAGUCACUGAAGCUCGUCCAUCUAGCAGCCCUGCACCUCUAAUGAACACCCAAGAUGAAAUACUAACAGCCAGCAUGUCAGAAAUGAGCCCUUCUAUGUCGAUGCCUAUUUCUUCCAGCUCAGAAACUGCUCCUUUAAGCUUAGCAUCACCCAGGUCGGUUGUUGCAGAUAAUCAGGACAACAGUAACUUACCUCAAGUAGCUGUACCAGCACCUCGAGUUACUCACAGGAUGCAGUCCAGAGGUUCUUUCUAUUCAGUGGUACCAAAUGCAAACCUUCAUCAAGAUCCUCAGUCUAUUUUUGUUACAAAUCAAGUUCCCUUAACACCUUCUCAAGGUCCACCUGCUGCGGUGCAGCUUUCGUCAGCCAUGAACAUUAUUAACGGUUCUCAGAUGCACAUUAACCCAGCAAAUAAGUCAUUGCCUCCUACCUUUGGGCCAGCAACUCUCUUCAAUCACUUCAGUAGUCUUUUUGAUAGCAACCAGGUGCCCUCUAACCAAGGAUGGGGAGACUGUCCGCUUUCCACCCGAGCAGCAGCUGACCCAUCUUUCACUGUUCAGUCUACCUUUCUGAAUAACUCUGUGCUAGGACACGUGGAGAACGUGCAUCCUGAUAACUCCAAGGCUCCUGGUUUCAGGCCACCUUCGCAACGGGUUUCUACAAGUCCUGUAGGCUUACCCUCUCUAGAUCCAUCCAACAGCUCUACAACUUCUUCAGGUCCUUUGACAGGCUUUUCAGCAAACAUGCAAGGAGCACGGGUUUACCUUCAAGGGCCAGCACCUGUUGGGACUCCCAGCUUUAACAGACAGCAUUUUUCACCACAUCCUUGGACAAGCGCAACAAAUUCAUCAGGUGAAUCUCCUAUUCCAUCAGUUUCCUCAGGAUCAUCUUCACCCCUUUCAGCUGCUUCUGCACCUUCUAACUUGAGCCAGCCAAAAACGGGUAACACGAAUCAAGAUCGAAAGGUACCCCCCCCCAUUGGGACAGAAAGACUUGCUAGAAUUCGACAGGGAGGAUCUGUCACUCCUACGCCCUUAGGAACCAACUUUACAGCUCCGGUUGGUCAUAGUGGUAUUUGGUCAUUUGGAGUUAACAGCGUAUCUGAGGGCUUGUCAGGUUGGUCUCAGCCUGUAAUGGGAAACCAUCCGAUGCAUCAGCAGUUGUCAGACCCGGGCACGUUUUCUCAGCAUCAGCCAAUGGAGAGAGAUGAUUCUGGAAUAGUAGCUCCCUCAAACAUUUUCCAUCAACCUAUGCCAAACAGUUUCGUGGAUUUUUCUAAAGGCCUACCGAUUUCCAUGUAUGGAGGCACUCUCAUACCCUCACACCCUCAGCUAGCAGAUGGCCCGGGAGGCCCUCUCUUUAAUGGGCUUCAUACUCCAGAUCCAGCCUGGAAUCCCAUGAUCAAAGUUGUCCAAAAUUCAACAGAAUGUACUGAUGCUCAGCAGAUUUGGCCUGGCACCUGGGCACCUCACAUUGGAAACAUGCAUCUCAAGUACGUCAACUGAUUUAAGGGGGUUUAUCCUUUUUUAGCCUUGUUUGGGAAACCUUAUGAUUUGAAGAUUUUUUUUUAUGUGCCUAAUUAAGCAAUUUUUUGUGGGCUGUGUAACAAUGAAAACUUGAUUGCCCAUUCAAUAAGAACAAAUUGAUUUACCUAUACAAUUGAUUCCAUUCUCCAGUUAGUUUAGCCAUUCUGAACUUAAAAAUGAGAUAAAAUUAAUGCUUUUGGCUAAACUACUAAAUGUUAUUGGUAUGCAGGAGAAAUUGAUAAUUAUAUGAUUUCAAUCUGCUAGGGUGGUAAAAAAGUGUAUAAUUGUUUACAUACUUAAAAGGAAAAGCUGAGUAAAUCUCAUGUCAUAUAAUGGCUCUACUUUCUGUAGCCUGUAUUAAUGUGAAAUAUUAACCUGAAUAUUCAAUAAAAGGUGAACAGUAUUUAUAGGUUGUGUGUGAGAAUUUUGGAGAGGAUGUGUAUUGUCAUUGGUAGCUGCCAUGCCUAGUGAUGCAUCUUUUUACAGUCACAUCAUCAGCAUGUGGUUGUAGUCAGGGUUUGGGGAAAGAGGUUGAGGGUUUUGAUGUGCAGUUAUUUAUGAUGCAAAGUUUGCUGGGUCCUUCCUCUGCCAGUCUUGGUGUUUUGGGGUGUGGUGCUUUUUCUUUUUUGUGACCAUGGCUGUGCACUUUUCUGGGUUAUUUUGUUUCCUCUAGUGCUGUUUUUCCAGAUGUGUUGACUGAGGUGUUGUUCAGGGACUGACUUGAUGACACCUUGGCAACCAAUGGUGUCUAAAGUUGCCAUAGGUAAAUCAGUGUCUCAUAGACAAAUGCAGGGCUUCUUCAUGUCAUUCUCCCACUGCCCCAAAGCAAAUAUUAGGAAAGCAGCCUACUUUCUACUAGAGAAAAGAUGUCAUUGUGCAAUUUCAAGUUUUUUGUAACCACUUAAAUCUGGUAAGUGCUUCUCACGCCUUUUCUAUGAGGAAGAAGAGGAUUUUUGCAUACAGCAAACAAGACAAAUCCUCAUUCUGUACCCAGCCUGAUUCUGGUGUUGGCCUGCACUAGAGGUAUUCCACUUUCUACUUUCAGACAGUGCUUAUUUCUGCUUUUGCUCCGUGAUGAUGCAGUAACUACACUGAAUACUUGGUCUAUUUCUCCAGCAGGUACAUACAGUGCACAAAGUGUUCAGUACAAUGGACCAUUUUUGAUGGUCUCUUAGACCAGGGGGCAGAUAGAACAAAGGUAGGGAAGUUUCUUCCUCCUCCUGACAUUCCUUACCAUACAACAUCAGAGUUUCUCCAGGAGGAGUAUGAGGAAGGAACAGCCAAAAGAGAGGAUUCAGUGUUAAUUUGCAUGAGUGAACUCUUGAAAUAACGUAAUAGUGUCUGUUCCCAGUUACUCCUGAGUGUUCAGGAAUAUUAAAAAUAUGAAAUGCACAAGUAGUAUCCGAGUAUGAUAGGCAAAUAAACAUCAGAAACAACACUGGAUGUGUUUAGAUGUUCUAUCUAGUAUUCAAGAAGGAAAUGAUCUUACUGACACCCUGAUAACACAAAUACCAAAGGAGAAAUGAUUGUGUUGAUGGUAAUUGUAUUAAAAGCUGAUGGUGAAGGAAAAAAAAUGGCAUUCUAGUGCUGACUUAGCUGUCUGUUCUUGGGGACCCUUGGGGGAGUUGUUUCAAUUGUGACCUGGUGUACAGCACCUGCUUAGGAGCUGGCUUCACUUCUGCAUUAGUGAAGAGCUCUGCUGUAGGCAUUGUGAUUGAUACCUUCUGCUGGCCAUCAGACACUGUGCAAGAGAGGGCAGGCUCCCCAGAGGAAGGCUCCCCAGACUGGCAGUGGCGUGUGUGUGUGUGGCCAGUGUGAUGAUGGGGAGGUGAGGGGCGGCCUCUUGGGGAUGCUGCCCUGCUGGCCUCCUCUUGGACAAAAGCUGGGCUUUGUUUUGAGCAGGAGCAGUGCCCUCCAUUGCUGUGUCCAUGCCUGCUGCAGGCUGCCCUGAGCUGGUCCUGGUAAGCCUCAGGCAGCUGUGCUUCUCUGCCUCACAGCAUGGCCCUGGGUGGCACAGGGAUGCUGUGGGAACGCCCCAGUUCCAUGCUUAGCCAGACCUCCAUCCAUAGCUAGAGUGAAACAGGAAGUCUAAUGUUUUGUUAAUCAGAAGGCUGUAGCUGCUGCUGAGGCCAUCACUCCCAUCGUGCUGGGAGCAGGCAGAGGCAUUUGAGGGUUGUGUUGCUGGGGAAUGGGUUCCAGUAGGGAGCUCUGCUCCCAGGCAGGGACAAGCUGGAGCAGCACAGGAUGCCAGCAUAAAAGAUGCUCAGACCUGAGAUUUUUAGGUUGGUACAGCUCUCACCCGGGGUGCCUGAGUUGUGCCCUAUUAACUGUCAUCCAAUCCCCCACAAAAAAACAACUCAUAGUAGCUUUCAAGCAGGCCCUUUUCUGGUGCCAUCCCUGUGCUAGCCAUGUUUGAGUUGAAUGGCAGGUGCUCAUCCUGUGGGUACUGGCUCCAUUGUGUGCCAUCAGUAAGCUCUUUUUAGUGCUGUUAGAGCUGGGUCUGGAGCAGAGAGGGCUGCAGUGGGUGCCUGUGUGCGUUGUGCAGUGCCAUUGUCCUGCUGCUCCCAUGCAGGAGCUCUUGGCCACCCUGCUGGUGCCAGCUACGGCUCUGUAGCUGUUGGAGCCUGGCACUAGAAUUGGUGCUUUGUGUGACCCUCCAUCCUGCUGGGCCCUGGCUGUUCUGUGCGGGUGGCGGAUGUGGCAGACAGGAUGGUUUGGUCUCUGAGAUUGCUAGCAGACAAUUGCAGUGCAGGGUCUUCCCCUCCCAGCAGCACCCUGAGCAGCUGAUGAGCCAGCAGCCUGCCAUUGAACCCAGCACAGUGCACACAAAGAUGGCUCGUGUGGCUGAGCUGAGAGCAGUGGCCUCCCCAGGAAGCCACUGGGGGAUGCACUUUGUCUUUGCUGUUCAAUAGAUGAAGAGAUGCAUCUCAGAGCCAGCUGUGCCUCUGGGCAGGGCACAGGCAAACGCAUCCUGGUGCAAAAGCCUGGGCAAAACCCUGAAGUACUCUUUUGGCAGCACAGGGUGGACUGGGAGCAACCCUGACCUGAACCUACUGUUGUGUGGGCUGCUGCAGGGAACCCAGCAUGAAGCUGCUUUCUGCCCUCACUUGUCCUGCUGCUUACUGCCCCUCCCAGGGGGAAGGAACAACAUGGGCAGUGGCUGCUGAACAGGAUGGGAUUCAGUCUACUGCCAGCAGGAAAUUUCACCACUGCUACAAACUCAGCUGUAGCUCUCAGCAUAGCUGAGUGAGCUGGGGACAGAACUGUGGUGCACAGAAAUGGGGCUGCCAGGGGACAGCAGUGCCUGACAGCCCCCUACU